AGCGUACCUAAACGCCAUUUCAAGAGACGAGUCGACGGAAUACUUCGAGCCGCUCACUCGCCUACACGUGGAGCAGCGAUGACUACGCUUCGCGAAACGUUUCUCUGAGAUAUUCUUUCGAGGCGUCUGAAGGGUUGCCUAAAGUUGCCACCACUGCGCUCGCCACAAGUGCUGAAUCAUGCCAAAAGCAGCGCGUCUUCCAUAUACAACAAACUCUUGGCAUGCACUCGAGAACGACUGCACAGGAGGCAACAAAUGCAGGCUGACAGUUCCAUGUACACAGCAUGGCGGUGACAGUUGCCGGCUAUUGGAGCACGGCCAUGAGAUCAGCGAGAUCCUUCUGUGCGCGGGCCUACAGCUGCUUGAGAACAUCCGAUACGAACGAAAGGGUGACGCCUGUAUUGCACUCGCACAGGCGAGCACUUGUGGACACGUGUUUUUCCACCCACACGUAGAAGUCCGCAAUGAUCGGGCACUGGAUCUCGUCGAAUGGCUGCUCACCGAGCACCGGUGCAUCACAGCGAUCGAAUUGACCUGGAGAGCCAUGUGCCGUGUUUCGUUGGUGGCGGCAUUGAAACAGAAUCGCUCCUUGAAAAGCCUUACUGUGUGCACAAGCAUUCACAGGUAUGAGUCGGCUUCCGUGUUAGACGUGGUUAAAUCUCUGACGCAUCUAGAGAAGCUGUCAUUCAAGGAGUACGGUUGCGACGACGUGUGGAACAUGUGCCCAACUUCGACUGGGAGUGCACCCGGAGCCGAGAUGGACCACCUCACGACUCUCGACGUGACAGAGCUUGUAAUGACUCGCCUAAUGGCAAGGCGCCUCGUCGAGACGCUCAUUCGAAAUCGAAGCAUUACUGAUCUCUCAGUGGGAGAGAUCGUCUUCAGCGCUGGCUUACGCAACUUAGGUGCACUCUUCGUCCAGUAUUUGGUGAAGGAAGACUCCUUCUUGAAGAGGCUGACGUUGACGAGUGCCUAUUUUUCCGGUCGGCGGCGGCUGCUGCUGGCACUGAUCGACGCUGUGUGCCGGAUGACUUCGUUAGAAGAGCUGAAUGCCAACCUUGGCAUUAGCAGCCAAAACAUCGUAGGUUCGACUGCCCUCUUCGCCGAUGUGGUUGCUCGAAACGCCACCAUACGCCGCCUGAAUUUGCCUUCGGCGUACUGCGUGCAUGGCACGGCAGUUUGUUACCACGCUCCCGAACGGCUGCACCCCGAUGCUGCAAAAUGCAUGGAGCGCUGGCUUUUAGCUCUGCGCACGCCGAACUCUAUGCUCAACGAGCUUCGCAUCGACUUGCGGGGCUUUGACGAAGCGGAGUGCAGCGCAUUCAUGAACGCAGUCGCAGACAAUGAAACACUGAAGUUGGUGACCGUGCAUUCGCUGUCCAGCGCAGCGAGUCUUGACAGCGUCUGCAAAACUAUCCGUCGGCGAGGCCUUAGCGAUAGAGUCAUCGUUGAGGACCUUCACGUGGAUCCUACGACCGUAACGAUGUUGAAGCGGUGCCCGGAAAUCAGCAGCGCAAAACUUGACGCGAGACACUUUGGGUUCUUAGGAUGUGUCGAGCAGGAGGCCGCCAGCUCGGCGUUCCAAGUUCUCGGGGACUGUGUUCACAUGAACUCGCUUCGGGUGAACUGCGAGUCCUUCGGUCGCACUGCGCUGUCCGCCUUGGCAGCAUGCAUACGACGUUCGUCCACCCUCAAGAGCGUCGAGAUUAAAAUGCUAGUUCGUUUGCCUCUAGCGACACUACAGGAGCAUCGGGAAGUGGAAAAGGAAAUAAUAUCUGCGCUCGCCUCCAACACCAACCUCACUAGAGUCAGCUUCAAAUGUCUGCACCUGAUCGCUGACGACUUGGCUCUGUUCGCGGAUGAUGCUCUCAAGAGACGGAAGCUCACCGAGUUCUGCCUGGAUCCCUUCUGUAUUGACGAAGCGAUGUGGCGGGACAACUUUUGUUCAUGGCACCAAGCUGAGGGGAUGAACACUUUGCCCAACAACAGAAUGCACGUACUGGCAAGCAUACAGCUUUCUGUAUGA